AUGCGAGGCUCUCUGGCCUCUCUCCUCUGCCUCGGCUCGCUGUUCGGCAACUGGCUGAUCGGGGUUGUAGUGGCGGUAUUUGCCACAAGCUGGAAGAAUCAAACGGCGGAAGAUUGGCAAUCGCCCCAAGAUUCGAGCCGUUUCAAGGCACGGCCCAGGGCGGGGAAGGCUGUAAAGAUACCUUCGCCAGAGAAGAUCACGCGAGCGGUGGAAUGUCGAACGGAUCGACGUCCUUACCAAAAUAAGCGCUUGCGUUUAUCAAAUGAAGCUGGAAGCCUAGAGGAACAACCUCUUAAGCGGCUGCGACAUAAAUCCAAGAAUCAAUGGCGAUUCUGGCUCCCCCAUUCGUCGGAGAUGGAAGGGGAAGAACCACUUCGUCCCCCGUUCGCGGGAGGAAAUUCGUCGGACAAAACAAACAAGUGUGAGCACCUGGCACCAGAGGCAGGCCUUGAUCGGCUACUGGUAGUAGGGAAGGGGAUAUGCCCCAAGAAAUUAGGCAGGGCAGGUAAUCUUGUUGAUCAAUUUGAUCAGAAUCCCUCGGGAAGAGAUAGUCCCUGUGUGCGAAUGGAGGAAGAAAGGGAGGCUGUCAAUAACGAGCCAUACAUGGGCAGCUCCGCCGCGGAGAAGAGUAGCGAGGUGGUGGAGGCCGCCGAUCUUCGAUGCCUGCUGAUGUGGCGGCACGAUACUAGGGCGGUUAGGAUAGUUUGGAAUCAUCAGACCCCUCUUAUGUUGAGCGGGAUCUUCGGGAGAGAUAUCCGGAGCAAAUUGCGAAGAAAUCCCACGCAGCAAAGGUAUCCGACUUCAAGUGGAAUUCGAAUUCCCAAUAGUCUCUGGGAAGCCCGUCUCUGCUUGGGAAAUUCGGAAUAUUCAGGCUAUAAAAACAAUGGGUUGCACUCUACUCGGCCACCAAAUCUGGAGCGGUGGUGUGCGAGUAUUCCGGAAACCCAAUCGGCGAGCUUCUACAGAAAGCAGGAGGCGGACCCCGAUAUUGAUUCAGGUAAGCAAGACUCGUGUUGCUUAACCUCCUCUUGUGGUGUGAUGCGUGACUCCAGUGAGAUCGGGAGCGGCAUACAAUCGCCGGGGAGCGCCGCGGAACGACGGGCGGUGGCGGGAGAGGUUUUUGCCCCGCCGGAGAUGGCCUCUGUUGCGCCGUCGAACCCAGCCUUCGGGCGUAAACGCGGCGACUCUCUUGCCCCGGUGGCGAUGGACGCGGCUGAGCAGUGGGACUCUGCCUUCGGGCUUCAUAGCGGCGGCGAAUUCACCCUAGGGUGUAAGGGAAGUUGGGUGGGGAGGCUGGGGGGAAGGGGUCGCUGGGUCGGGUAG